AGCUCAAGGAUGUUGGUAUAAAAAUAGUUCAGUUAAAAUAUUUGAAACAAGGUGAUAAGGAGUCUGUUAGAGAAUAUAUGAAUAGAUAUGAAGCUUGUGCUGAAAUUGUUGAAAACUAUUAUCCUAAAGAUAAUACAAAGGCAAAGAAAAAAGCGUUAGCUAUAGAAGAAUAUAAGAAAGAAAAGAAUUAUAAAUAUGAAGAUCAGCCUGCAUCUGAGGAUACACUUUAUUCCAAUAAGCUUGAUAUAGAUAUUGACAAGUUUACAGAAGCAAGUUUCAAAAGUCCUAGUGAAUAUCUAAAAGUGAAGAUGGCAGAUGAUGAUGUGAGCUAUAAUUUGAGACUUGUAGAUAAAAAGAAAAAAGAUGAUAAUCUGGAAAAGAAGUAUCUGUAUAGACAACCAAGAUUAAUAGUGACUUUGUGA